AUGGCUAAACAAUCCACCAAAAAAAUGGAUGAAACAACUUUCGAAGGAUUUUCUAAGGCCAUACAGAAGCCAACCGUAUGGACCCGCGGGCACUUACCCACCGAUACUAAUCGUAACGUUUUGGGACGCAAUCUGCCUCCUUUACACACACUAUAUCAACCUCCCUACCAGGAAAGCGUCUCUCGAGAAGCAGGUGAUAUUUCUUACUCAAAAGUUGGAACUUCUGCGCAAUUGGAUAAAGAAGAAGGAAUUGAGGAAAACAUUUCGUCCAUCCACGAUAAAUCUGUCAUAUUCGAUUCAAAACAACAAAUUGACGAGAUUUAUGAUUUGGGCGUCAGUUCGAUUAACGCCAAAACCGCCAGUAAUAACACGUCGAAUGGCAGUCAAAGAUUUACAAAGGGAAGUAGCAACUUCGAGGGUGGAACAGAUGCAAAUAUUCAGAUGGGUGAGUUCUGCCCUAACAGAGAACACUUCAAAAAAACGUACCCAUCCUUUGGGCAAUUGCUCAGAAUCUAUCCCAUGGGAAGCGUUGCAAGGACCGAAUGUAAAUUUGUACACCCACACGAUAAAAGUAAAGAAUGCGAAAGUCGUGAGUCCAUGCUUCAAAUGUCAAAAGGUGAUGGAAUCGAUGCAUUUCUUUCUGUCAACAAAAAUUCACGAAAAUCACCUAUGGUAAUUGAAAAGAUCACCCAGGAAACAGAUCGUCAACAAAUCGCAACCAUGCUUCGACUUGAAUUCGACAAAAAAUCAAAAGUUGACUGUUAUGAUCUGGAAGAAAUUCUUGAGUUUGGUUUUACUCACGUCAUAUUUGUUGGAUUUCAUGAAUACGAACCAGUUUUCUUCGACUGUUACGGUCGCAUCUUUAAGAUGGACGAUAUGACUGGUGUAUUGUGGAAACUUGGAAAUUCCUUGGAAGAGGCAGCAAUGAAUCCUUUGUCUCAGAUACCAGCAUGGAUUGUUGAGGAAGAUGGGACGAUUGAUGAUUCUGAAUUUGGUAAGUAUGUAAAUCCUGAUUCUUCUUUUCCUUCAUUGUGUAUAACUAAUUUUCUCUAUUCUAAAUAA